UAUAAGCUCCUUCUACUCACUAUAAAUACUUGCUCCCUUUAAAUCUCAUUUCACACACAAGCAAAAAAUCAUACAUUAUUCAAAGUUCAAGUAAAUUUUUUAGCUAAAAAUGGGGUCUUUUACCCAUUAUGGGUUCUUGAUUUUAGCACUUUUAUUUAGUUCUUGCAUGGUUGCUUAUGGUGGAAAUUUUUUUCAAGAAUUUGACUUCACUUGGGGUGGCAAUAGAGCCAAGAUUUUCAAUGGAGGCCAACUUUUAUCUUUAUCUUUGGACAAAAUUUCUGGCUCUGGUUUUCAAUCAAAAAAAGAACAUCUCUUUGGAAGAAUUGAUAUGCAAAUCAAACUUGUUGCUGGAAAUUCUGCUGGCACUGUCACAACAUAUUACUUAUCUUCUCAAGGACCCACUCAUGAUGAAAUUGACUUUGAGUUCUUGGGAAAUGUUACUGGUGAACCUUAUAUUCUCCACACAAACAUCUAUGCCCAAGGCAAGGGAAACAAAGAGCAACAAUUCUACCUUUGGUUUGACCCUACCAAGAACUUCCACACCUACUCAAUCAUUUGGAAACCCCAACACAUCAUAUUUUUGGUGGACAACACACCAAUAAGAGUUUACAAGAAUGCUGAAUCAGUUGGUGUCCCAUUUCCCAAGAAUCAGCCCAUGAGGAUUUACUCAAGCCUUUGGAAUGCUGAUGAUUGGGCCACAAGAGGAGGCCUAGUAAAAACUGAUUGGGCCCAAGCCCCAUUCACAGCCUACUAUAGAAACUACAUGGCCCAAAGCUUUAGCCCAUCACAAUUUUCUGAUCAAAAAUGGCAAAAUCAAGAACUUGAUGCUAAUGGCAGAAGAAGACUUAGAUGGGUUCAAAAGAAUUUCAUGAUUUAUAAUUAUUGCACUGAUAUUAAGAGGUUUCCUCAAGGUUUUCCACCAGAAUGUAGAAGAUUUUGAGUGGGCUAAGUAGUUUUUUUUUGUGAAAUUCGUUCAUGUGUUUGUGGUUUUAUUAUUAUAGGUUGUUAGCCAACUAAAAUAAAUUAAUAUGUUUUUCUUUGUUUUAUUUUGUAUGUUAUUUGAAGCUAGCAAGUAGUUUAUUUUGUAUCUAUUAUAUUUGAUAUCCUUUUUGGUACUGUUAA